GAGAGAGAUAUACAUGAAAUAUUAUCAAAAAAUUAAUACACGAAACAAAAUAAUAAAGGUUUUUGUAGGUUGUUCGGAAACUGAUAAAAAUCUCGCAAUCAGCGGAUAUGUGAUCGACCCGAUCUGAUGUUAUAGUUGCCUCAAAUAAUGACAAAUAUAAUAGUUAGGUUAUAAAAUGUAAUAGAAUUAAAGUAAAAAAAUAGAAUAUAUUUUGAUAAGUUCUCAUAUUAGUUUUAAAUAAAAAUGUUAAGUAUUAAUAGCAUGACUUUUUUAUUUUUUUUUAUAUUUUGUAUAAAAUAUAUAAAUUCUUGGAGUUGGAAUCCCAUGUGUUUAAUGAUGGAAUGUUGCAACAAUGAUUAUAUUGUAGGAGAUGUAAACAAAUUAAGAGCUACACUUAGAAGUAAAGUGUAUGGACAACAUUUAGUAGAAAAUGUUGUCGAUGCCAUUCAAGCACAUUUAUAUUUCAAACCACAAAAACCGCUUACGUUAAGUUUUCAUGGUUGGCCUGGUGGAGGUAAAAACUAUGUUUCUUCAUUUAUUGCAAAGAGUUUAUAUAAGAAUGGUUUAAAAAGUAAAUAUGUACAUUACUUUAUUGGAAGGGUUCAUUUUCCAGAACAUUCUCAAGUAAAGAAGUAUAAGGAAAAUUUGUAUGGUUGGUUACAAGGUAACUUGUCUUCUUGUCCAAAACAAUUGUUCAUUUUUGAUGAGGUUGAUAAAAUGCCACCUCAAUUAUUAAAUGCUAUCAAACCAAUGAUUGAUUAUAGGGCUUCUAUAAAUGGUAUUGAUUAUACUCAAGCUAUAUUUAUAUUUCUUUCAAAUACUGGUGAAGAAGUUAUAAAUGAUCAUUAUUAUCAUCUAUGGAGUGAAGGUAGAAAUAGAGAAAGCUUGAAAUUAACAGAUUUUGAUAGUCUCAUAGCUAAGGGAGCUUUCAACGAAGAAGGUGGAUUCCACUAUUCAGAUGUUAUUAAAAGCAAUCUAAUUGAUCAUUACAUACCGUUUCUACCGAUGCAAGAAAAUCAUGUCAAACAGUGCAUUUUAGAUCAAUUUAGGGAUCGUGGAAUUCCUUCUCCUAAAGAAGAACAUGUUCAAGAAAUAAUGAAUGUUGUGGAAUGGGGUCCGAAGGAUUCGAAAUUGUUUUCAAAAACAGGUUGUAAAAGAAUAAGUUCACAAGUUAGUAUAUUAGUAGCGAAAUAUUAUUGGCAUAAACUACAUAAGGAAUUAUAAUAAAUUUUAUUAUUAUCGAAAAUUACUAGAAUCAGUUCAUCUUAGAAUGAAAAAAAUUGGAUUUAUUGGAACAAACAUUCACAUUCCGAUCAAGAAAAUUAAAUAGAAUCAAAUAAAAAACUACUUAAUUUUAUUUGAAAUAAGUUUGAAUUUAAAAUUGCAUGCUAAUACUGCUGUGAUCUAAAUGCAUCUGUAAUUUUUACAUAUUAUUGUUGUAAUUAAAUUAUUGACAAUUAAAA